CAGUUGUCAUAUAGGAGGAGCGAUCGCGGGUUUUGUAGCCUAAAAUAUCCUGAUAAAAGAGGGGGAGCGCGUUGUGCGGUGCUGGAGCAUGUGGAGGAGAAGAGUGGGUGGUUUGAUUCUCGGUCUCGCGAGACUUGGAUAAUUUCUCCGGAGAGAGCGUCGAGAGCUGCAGCUCCGUCCUGACCGCCCGGUCUCAUCUCCGGCCAGAGACACAGACGGAGAGAGGAGGGUAGGAGAGGAGGAGCGGACUGGCCGAGCAUGGAGCUCCUUUGCAGGCAGCAUAUGUUUUUAUGGGACACGCACAAUAAAGGGUGUGCACCCUUCAGCGGACUCUGAUCUGGUGCCGCCUCCACCCCCACACCCUCCGUUUGUUCACAUCUCUGUGACAGUUCAGCGCCCCGGGCGGAGCCUGAGGUUCCCACGGCCCCUGGACGAGCUGAGGGCCGGUCGCAAACGCAGCCCCUGCAUCUGCCAGACAGGAAGUGUCUCCUUCCGUGAUAAAUGGCCGCCAUGGAGCUGAGAUAACCUCUUCCCUUUUUCUUCUUCUUUUUUUGUUUUUUCCUCCAAUCGCGGCUCCCCAUGAUUAAUGCGAUAUAACCAUGGGGACGUGGCGCGGUCUACGAGUGGCUUUUGCCCUGGGAUCUUUGUUCAUGAUCGUGCUGAUCAUCGUCUACUGGGACGACGUUGGGGGCUUCAACCUCUACCCGCUGCAGGACCAUAAACACAAGCCGCUUCAGUCUGAUUGCAGCACUCAGAGGACUCCAGACGCUUCACCGUCUGCCCCCACCGGCAGAACUCACGCAAGUCCUGCCUCCACCGCCGGCUCUGGUCCUACACCCAACCCAUCAGGAGUGACUCGGACACACACAGGGGAAGAGAGGAGGACGGACGAAACAGAGGGGCACGAGGAGAAGGAAAUGAGUCACUCGCCUGCUGAUGAUAGAGAACAGCAGGCGAGGAAGCAGAGGGUGACGGAUAUGUGUUCAGGGAAGGACGCUGUGGAAUUCCCCGGAAGGACUCGGCCAUUUGAGCAGAUCCCCAUUAGGGAACUGGAUCACCUGAUAGUGGACGAUAUACACCAGGUCAUCUACUGCUACGUUCCCAAGGUAGCGUGCACCAACUGGAAGAGGGUGAUGGUGGUUCUGUCCCAGUCUCUGAUCUCACCCACCUCAGGAAAACCCUACACUGACCCGGAGGCUGUACCACCCGACCUCGCGCACAACUCCUCCAUCCACCUCACGUUUGCAAAGUUUUGGCGACAUUAUGGUUCGCUGUCCCGCCACCUGAUGGCACUCAAGCUCCAGCACUACACCAAGUUCCUGUUUGUACGAGACCCAUUUGUGCGUCUCAUCUCAGCCUUCAGGAACAAGUUUGGAAGGCCCAACGAGUACUUCUACAGGCAGUUUGGUUCAGUUAUGCUGCGUCGUUAUGGUAAUGUGACUGGGAGUUUGCCAGCGACAGCAGCGGAGGCGUUUGCAGCAGGAAUCAAACCGACGUUUCAGCAGUUUAUCACAUACCUGCUGGAUCCAGAGACUGAGAGGGAAGACAUCUUCAAUGAGCACUGGCGGCAGGUGUACAGAUUAUGCCAUCCAUGCCAGGUGAAAUACGAUUUCAUUGGACACCUAGAAACCCUGGAGACGGACGCAGAUCAUCUUCUGAAACUUCUAAAGGUGGACGAUCUGCUGCGAUUUCCUUCAGGGGCCCAAAACCGCACUGCAGCCACUUGGGAAAAGGACUGGUUUGCACAGAUUCCCAGUACGGCGUGGAGAGAACUGUACAAGCUGUACGAGCCGGACUUUGAGCUCUUCGGUUACCCCAAACCUGACAGCCUGCUCCACCAGUAGACCACACUGAGCCAAAGGCCUGGGCGCUGCACCGUGUGUAGACCCCGCACCUUGGCUACCUGCGCACAGCCAGCAUAUGCCUUUAAAGACCAGUACUUGAUGCUGCUUGUUUUAUUUGUUUCGUGCAUACCUCAAAUGACAAAAGUGCCUGUCAGUAUAAUUUAAAAUGUGUCAUCCUUCCAUGCCCGAAAUGCACCCGCUUACAAAUUACAGUAUCUCAGUCUGUUUACCCCCGUGUAAAGGCACUUUGCUAUUUUGUGAAUAGUACUGUAUUUUGGUAACUGUUUGCUGACUGGGGUUGGGUUCCAGAAGAAUAAAGAGUUUUAUAUA